GUCCAGUGUUAGAAUUAACACCGUUUAAUUGUUAUUCAGCGUUAAAUUACAAUUAUGAUUUAAUUUUUAGGAUCAUCACAAACUUAAAAUGGAAUCCACAAGACACGGACGGCUCCCUAAAAAUUUCCGACGCCGGAAAAGUCUUAAUCGACGCCUUCAUCAAACAAAGCAAAGGAGGAAACGCGAAUGGAAGCUUAAAAGUAACCAUCCCGAGCAUAACCAUGCAAGGCCAAUUAAAAGCAUCGAAAUACAGCGGGACCUCCACUUUAACCAUCGACAUCACCGACGUUCGCAAAAUGAAAGCUGACAGCACUUUUAACGUUAACUUACCAACGUUUAACCUCGAUUUGACCCUUUUCACCAACCUUGGAAAAGAUGACUCUAGGAAAUAUCGAAUUGCAACGACGAGUGUCUUCAAAAAAGAUUCAAUCGAUUCCAAGAACAUUUUAGACAUUCUUGGAAAAACCACCUCUUUCAACAUAAAAGGAAGCAACUCUGGUGGUGUUAAAGAGGGAAAAACCGACGGAGAAUUCGAUUUAACUCUCCCCAACGACCUUUAUUUCGCCGGAAAACUCAACAGGGAACGCAAAGAAAUGAAAGGUGUGGCAAAUGGAAAUGUUUUCCUCAGCUUGGAACAACGCGAUAAUAAAAACGCCCCCGGUCGCAAAAUCAGUGUGAAAGGAGUGGGUAAAAACGUCAAUCACGAACAAGGAAUCUACGACAUCGUUUACAACGUAAUCUUAGAAAAUGGAAAUGGUAAAAACGUCAAUAUCGACUUGGAUUUUAAAGGAACUAGAGCUGGAAUUAAACAAAAUUUGAUCUGGUUGGUUAACAUUCAUGGAGCUGCGUUGAGUGAGGCGAUUAAAAAUAAGUUCAGUUUGAGUCACGAAAUGGGGAUGGGAGAAUUUUUGAUUAAUUUUGAGCAUGGUGCUUCGUCCAUGUUGAAUGUGAAGGGAAAUCUUCAUCACCAUCAUGAUGAUAAAUCAGGAAAACCAUGCACUGGGGCGAUCGAAAUUGAGUUGAAAACGCCGUUGAGUAAAUUGAAAGUGUUUAAAUUGAAGUCGGAUGGGACGGUUUUGGUUCCAAUGGAGAAAGGGCAAGGACAAUUGGAGAUUUUGAAUAAUUUCUCCAUGUUUUUGGAUGAUGAUGGAACUAAUCCAAAACCGACCGUUGAUAUUGAGAUGAAGAAUGAUUGGAAAUUGGGUGUACAUAAAGGUAAAAUCAUCUCCAACGUUAACUUAAAAGGAAAAGAUCCAGUUGAUAUCGACUUAAGUUACGACGAGGAAGCCGGCAAAAAAUACAACUACAAAGGAAGUUUAAAAUGCGGAGCGCAUUUCGAUAAAUACGACGUCACUUUUGAUGUUGUUUCGAAAGACGAGGUCAACGCCAAAGGAAAACUUGAAACAAGCAGGGAGAUUUGUAAAAAUUUAGAUGUUGAGAUGAAAUAUAAAUAUGAUAGGGAAUCGAAGAUCGUUUCUGAUAACUGGAAGGUUAAUUAUAACGGGAAGAAUUACGAGGUUUUGAAUAGUAUGGGGAUUUCGGAGCAUUAUCCUUUAUUGUCUGUUGAGGUGAAAUAUCCGGAUGGAAAUCUCGAUAAAGUUUACACCAAAUUUAAUAAUGUUGGAGUACGAUCCGUCGCGGCUGAAACAAUUUUGAAGUUCCACAAAAUUCCGUUUGAAUUCACCGGAAAAAUCGACGUCCACGCUGAGAGCAUCGAAGAUUUCGACUUAAAACUCGAGGCCGAUUCGCCACAAUUAAAAUUGAACAAAAUCGUGAUCACCGCGAAUACAAAAGAGACGAAAGGCUCAAACAAAUUAAUAGUCACCAUGAAAAAAGCCAACGAAAACUUAAUUUCCGGAAACGCGCUUUACAAAACUCGCCAAGAAGACAACAAAUUCAUCGUGGAAGGUUCUGGAACGUUCACUAUUAAAAAUGAAAAAAAAUCCGGCAAUUUUAAAUACACCAAGAAAAAUCUUGUAAGUGCAAAAGAUAAUGAAGAAGGGGUUGAGUUCUCUUUACAAGGAUCGAUUGGAGAUAAAGGAUUAGAUUCUGAGAUUAAAAUAACUGAUAAACACCGAAGGGCUUUGUUAUCAUUUUGUGAGCAAAAGAAAGAAUGCGCCAAUAUUGAGAUGGACGCGAAGACCGCGAUUGAAGGGGAGGGGUAUAAGAGUACUUUGGAGAUGAAUGUUGAUUUGAGAAAAUUAGGGUUAAGUCACGAAUUCGGGAUGAAGGCGAUUACAAAGGUGCAAAAUUGGGAUUUAGACCACACCGUCGAUUUGCACUUCCAAAGCCAAAAGAGCAAAUACAGCUAUGGGUUGUAUUUGCACCCAAAUAAAGCAGGAUGGACUUUAACAACUCCAAGACGAAUCGUUUCCCUCCAAUCAGAACUAAAUCGCCCGAAAUUAGGCGAAAAAGGCCCGAUUAAAGGCGAAGUUUUAUUCUAUUUGAACAAAAAAACCAAACCCAACGAAAAAACCGCCUUAACAUUCACAAUUAACCCCGAAUUUAGCGACAAAAUAACCAAUUUAGAGAUGGAGGCGAAAUUAAUCCACCCCGCUUUAAAAAAACCGAUGAUGACGUCAUACAAAAGCAGCCUAAAUCUCCAAAAUCCGUAUAAAUUAGAAAUCCACUCCUCAAUCGAUGUUAUCCCCAAUUCGGAUAAAAAAAUAACCGCCGACGUUAAAGGGUUAUUAACUCAAAGUGGCUCCAAAAUGGAAUUGAAACAUAAUUUCGAAUUCGACAUCCAACCGUUGAAAUUAAAGUUACGAGGGGAAUCCUUGGAUUUAAUUAGCCCAGAAGAAAAAUUAACCGAAAGUAAAUUCUUAUUAAGUGCUAAUAUUAACGGGAAAAAAACCGAAAAUGUUUACCACGAGUUAAUUUCACCACACAAAGUCAUAGACACGUUAAUAAUAAACAACCAAAUCAUUUACGACCUCAACAUCGACCGCAAAACCCACCCCGACGGCGAAAACAUCAACUUAGACCUCCAAUUACUCGGGUUAGAAAAAAUCUUAGCCCAUUGCGAACUCAAAAAAUUAGAAUCGAUCAAAUUCUAUUUAACCAACGCGGCGAAAAAUCCCAAAUUAGAGGUGAAUUCGGCGUUCAUUCCGAAUCAACUCGCCGAUUUCCGGGUCGACCUCCACAAAGACGGGAAAAAAAUCGAUUUCAUCCACGCGAAUAUCAAAUUGGACGAGAAAGAUUUCCUCAAAUCCGACUACGGGUUCCAAGGGAAACACAUCAAAGAGCACUUCGUCGAACCGGCCAAAAAAGCCUCCCAAAAAAUAAUCGACACCUCCAAAAAUUCCAUCAAAAAAGCCACUGAUGACUCAAAAAAUUUCAUCAGCGAUCUCUCAAAAAAUAUCAAAGAAAACGAAGCCAAUCUUAAACCGAUUUUGAAUUAUUACGAGAAAGAAUUGAAUACGAUUAAAACUGAGUUAGAAGCGGAUGAGACUUUGAAGAAAAUUAGCGAGGCUUUAUCGACUGUUAUUAAGGCUUGGAUUGAUUUUGUGAAUUCGAUGACGAUGACUGGGAAGAAAUUCGCGGAAAGUAUGGAGGAGAUUGUUCAAAAGUAUGUUAAAAGUAUUACGGAGAGUUUCGAGAAAGAGAUUUUGCCGAAAUUGAAGGAAAUCGCGGAUAAAUUGACGGAUUCGACGUAUAAGUUUGCGGAAAAACUCAACGAAAUCGCGUUUGGGAUGUUUGAGCAAAUCUCGGCGUUCGUGGAUGCGCAUAAGGAGGAAUUGAAACAAAUCGCGAGUGUGAUUAGUUCGACCACGCAAGAUCUUAAUAGGUUCGUUGUUAAAGUUACUGAAGAUAUCAAAUUAACUGUUACUAAGGAAUGCGAAAGGAUCUUGGAGGAGAUUAAGGCGCUGCCUUAUUAUGAUCAAAUUAAGAUGAUUAUUGAAAAGAUAAAAUCUGGUGAACCAGUUCCUCAACAAUACAUCGACCAAUUCCAAGCCAUCGCAGCCGAAAUAAAGAAUCAAAUCCCUCUCCCACCAUUCCAAGAGCUCGUCGAUUACAUAACAAAUUACCUCGUCAAAAAAAUGAAACGCCAAGACGUGAACGAUUUAGAAACGCUCGAACACAUCAUAAAAAUGAUCGUUGAAACCAUCAAAGAGAUGGCUAAAUCCGAAGGAUGGAAAGAACCCACACCCAAAAUGACCAUGCCUUUACCAGCACGCAUAAUCAGUUUCUUACCAAAAUUGGUUGCGUUUAGGAUGUCUUGGCUCAACAGGAUUUUAAGCCAAGAUAACGUUAAACUCGACGAAAUCAUUAUGGACUUUACUUUAAAUCCGUUAUCGUGGAUUCCCCCAUAUAGAAGAUACGCAAUCACCGCUCAAGGUCAACACAUCUUCACCUUCGACGGCAAACACUUAACAUUCCCUGGAAAAUGCAAUUACAUGCUUGCAAGCGAUAUCGACGGAAAAUUCUCAAUUUCCGGCACUUACACCAACGGAAUCAUGACCGAAUUAACCUUCUUCGACAAAACUGAUACAUUCACCAUCAAAAAAUCGGGCGUUUCAACUUUAAAUGGAGCCGCAACGGAGCUUCCAAUCCGCACGAAAAUCACCGACGUUUAUCGACUUUACACCCACGUUGAGAUGAAUUCAAAAGCGGGAGUUCGAAUUAUGUGUACUUCAGAUUUAUCGUUGUGCGUCUUCUCCGUGUCAGGAUUUUAUCAUAAUCGGUUAAGAGGUCUUUUGGGAAACCCCAAUUUUGAGAAAUACGACGAUUUUAUUUUGCCAAGUGGAAAAGUUGUCGAAUCAGAAAGCGAAUUCGGAAACAGUUAUAAAAUCCAAACCGAAUGCCCCGCGAUUAAAACUGUUGAUCAUACCGGUCAUGUUCACGACGAAGAAUGCACUAAAUUAUUUGGGGCUACUUCAACGUUAGCGCCUUGUUAUGGAUUCGUUCACCCACAUUUGUUUAAACAAGCUUGCGACCAUGGGUUAGCCGCCAAAGUUCCAAAUACUUUAGAAGCGAUCGCUAUGGCGUACUCCGCAACUUGCGCAACGAGAUACAUCCCAACUUUCUUACCGAAAGAAUUCAUUAAAUGCACAAAUUCCGAUAAACCAUUCAACUUAGGGGACACAUUCAGCGUUAAGACACCCCAAAAAGCGGCCGAUAUCGUAUUCGUAAUCGACGUGAGCGAAGAAAACAAAGAAAUUUAUUCCGAUUUAGUGACACCUUUAGGAGAAUCGCUUAAAAAAGAACUCUCAGACCGCGGAGUUAAAGACGUCGAGUACCACAUCAUCACAUAUGGAGGAGACCAACCCAAAUAUCCAUCCCAUGUUACAACAAACGGGGGUAAAAUGACGUUUAAAGGGAAAUUCCCCAACUUAAAAUUCACCGAAAAACACGACGAAGAUGACAUCGAAACGGGAAUUAAACAAAUCGACUUUUUAAUUUCGAUAAUUUCGAAUUAUUGGAGAGAUUUAAAAAUAGCCCUUGGGGAAACCCCCCAAGAAUACGCCUACGACCAAGCUAUCGAAUAUCCAUUCCGAGUUCACGCUGCCAAAACGAUUAUUGCAGUAACUACUUCUCCUUGCGAAACUGGAACGUUGAUUUGGGCCCAAAAAUUACGCGCUUUAUUCUUGUAUAACCCCGAAGUGAGUUUGAACAUUUUCACACCUAUGACGGGGGCUAACUUUAAAGUUAAAGACGAUAAAACGACUAAGGGGGUGAUUGGUUUUAAUAAGAAUUAUGUUUUAACCGUUCCGGAUUGUAAAAAGAAUCCUGUUGGAAACUCCGAUUUGCUUAAAGAAGUGAGUUAUAACGAUUUUUGUAGCGAAUUUGCCGCUAUGGCUGGUGGAAACGUGUUCGUUUUGGAGAAUUUCGCCUCUGCGACGAAACCCAACAAGAAAUUCUACGAGAAAGUAGCUGCUUAUAAUAUUGCGGAAAGUAUGUUAUCAGAAGAACAACACUUAGAUUGUAAAUGCACGAGAGAAACCGAAUAUCGCAUGACGGGGGUUAACGAAUGCCGAGUUGUUGACACAAAAAAGAAGCCAGCUUCUAAAAGGAAAUUAACUAGGGGUUAAAGAAGAAUCUUUUUAUGCAGGAAAUGAAUUAAUAAUUAAUAAUAUUUUUUAAGGUUUAUUUCUAUUGUAUUUUUGUUUAUAUUUUGAGGAAAAUACACCAAAAAUAAACGUAUAAGUUUUGAAAAAAG